AUGGCGGAAAUCGCAAUGGAUUCAGAUGAUGACAACCUCUCCGAGCACUCGGCCAUCUCCAAUCCUUCCGACUUUGCAGAAGAUGAGGAGGUGGACUACCUUGCACUGGAGCUUCUACAUCAUUUACCUGCAGAGAAGGCCGACAAACUGAUGAAGAGUCUGCGAGCCAAAGAGAAGGCUGUACAGGAGCGACACACAGUGACCCACAGUGACCCGCACUGA